GCCAAUCCGACAAAUUGCUGGGGCUUUGACGUCGCUCGCAGUCGAUUUGUUCCAAAAUACGUGAUGCAGAGGCCGGAGGCUCUCGUGUGCGCCAUUGUUGAGGAGAUCCUCCGGUCUCUGGGUGUCCCUGGUGGCUCACAGGACAAAGCACAGGUGGGCAGAGGCGGCUCAGAGCAGCGCAGCACCAGCUGCCACGGUCUGCAGAAGAAAAGAUCCCAGAACAUCGUCUCAUAUGGUGCUCUCCAUGCAAUGCAUUCGAUGUAGGGGCCCUUGGGCCAGCUCGAGGGCUGUUUGAGCCGGCUCAAGGUCAUUCUGGUCAAUGCCAAUGAGAAGGAGGACGACAAGUACGUAAGCCCAGCCCGCAUCGGUGCAUGAUGCAUGCCGGGACGUGUUUGCCAUUGCCCUUUCGCAGGUAUCGCAGGAUCCGCCACUCCAAUGCGGCAUUCCACUCGUCGGUCGGCAGAUGGAAGGUCAGCCAGCCGGCCAGACAGCCAGGGAGCCAGCGAGACACUACAAGGAGACGGCGUCCCUGUUGUAUUGCUUGUCGGCUCCUCUACCAUGCAGACUGCUGUAUCGUUCCUCAAGAGUGCUGGCUUCCAAGAUGUGACGCUGGUGCGCAGAGAGAGGCCUCCACACACGCCGAGAGAGGUCCAUCCACCAUUGAUUGCAUGGCAUAUAUGCGUGUAGGAUGGGGAGGCCGUGCUGAGGAUGCCAUUCCGGCUGCCGUCGUCCGUCAUGAGCUUCUUCGUCAAGCCCAUCGAUGCAGCCCUCGCCAGCAUUGCUGACAAAGCCGAUGGGGCGACGACUGCCUUGCCCGUUCCUCAGGCCAUGACGGACUCGUCCACCUGCAUAUCGCGGCGACAGACCACUGAAGACUCCCUGGUGCCAAGCGAUGCUUCACCACUUAUCGACAGAGAGGCGAAGGCCCCAAUGAAGGAGGAGCCCACAUCUGGGGCACAGGAGGCUGACGAGGGGACAACAGUACCUGAUGCACCGGCUGAAGCUGCCGAGAGAGAGCCGGUGGCCGUUGCUGCUGACGAGACACGCGAGCCCGAAUGCCGUGAGAAGAUAUCCCCACACAAGCCUCCCUCAGUCCCGAUGCUACCAAAGUACAUGGAGGCUAAUGUGACCAAGGCCGCCACACAGAGACCGGAGGGAGGAAGUCCACCUGUGUCGAAGAGGGGCGGAAGGGGAGGGGCGCGGCAGCACCAGGGGGACAGACCUAAGGGCGGCCCCCCUCCCCAACUGCCAUCCUGGAGCGUGCGAGGCAAUAUGCACAUCAGCGGCAGGAGCGGACGGAGGAAGAGACAGGAGAGAGCUGCUCAGGAGAUGAUGGCCAAUGUGGAGAGGCAGCAGUGCCGCUCUUGUGGAAGGAACUUCCACCCUGGUGAGAGACGGAAGAGAAGCGCCGACAUAGUAUGCUCGUUUCUGUCUCUUUUUCUGUUAUGUGAACAGAGGUCUUCCGCGUGCAUGCGGCCAAGUGUCGGGGAGGCAAGAAGAGAUCACAAGACAGGCGACCGGCAGGAAGGAGUGCGGGGGUGAGAGAGACAGUGUCCUGACAAUGUCCACCGAAUAUUGUGUGUCCGUUUGGCACGUCAGUUUGACGACUUUCGUCAUUAUCUGAGGGGCACCCCCGCCCAGGAAUUCUUGGAAGUGAUCCACGAGGAGCAGACGUGUCUCAAGGUCCUCCGCGCCCAGCACAAGGCGCGCAUGAAGGAACUCUUCCCCGAGAGCUUCCUGCCACCACCCGCAGCUGAAACAAAGAAGCCUCCUGCCGUCACUGAUGAGCCGCAACUGCUUCCCGUGGCUGCUGUGACAAACCCCUGGGAUUAUGCCGGCUCUCUUACACCAAAGCCUGAUCUUUCCACUCAGCAAGAAGAGGGCAUUGAAGAGUAUGGAAGAGACAAUAUGAUCGAGUGUGCGGCGGAUGACGAGCAGCAUGAGGAGGCUAUAAUUGAGCUGGGGAAUGAUGAAGGUGAUGCAUCGUCCCCGAUAGUUGACUUGCAGAGCGACUCGGAAGAUGGGUCAGGGGAAGACAACGACACAAGCCUCCACGAAGAAGAUAUGAAGGCAGACGCUGCUCCCCUGCUGCACGAGCCAGUCAGUGAGGCCCAGCCGAACAGGGACAUCAACAGCGACACACGGACCGCUUCCAAAGAAGACCAAAACGCUGAUGAGGACGAGCUGCAGCAGAUCGAGCCACAAGAUGAAAGCGACCAAGGCCCUUCGGGCAAGAUCUCGCUAGCCGACAGCAACGCCCCAGCUCACCAGCUCGAGAUGGAAAGCAAAAACACUCUUGAGGAGAAGGAGCAAAGCUCGACCAAAGAGGUCCCUUGUCCUUUUGUUUGCGAUUUGAAUGCUCCGCCAGCUGCUCAUCAUCAGUCUUGGCGAGACAUGAUCCCGAUGCGGUCAAAUUUGUACCCCAAGAAGCGGCCGCCUCGUCUUACGGCCAAGAAGCAUUACAGCUUCGACCCCUUCACCGACUCACGGCCGACCCCCAUCAGCAGGCGGACGAGCCAUCUGGGAAAGGCCGAGACAGAGUCGCUGCAGUCAGCCGCAGCAUUGGGGGACGAGGAGGUCGGCCGAUCCUCUGAUGCCGAAUCACCAGCCGAAGACCUUGUGGCAGAGACGAAGGUGGCGAAGGAGGAGAAUCCUGAGACACAUACCCCCCGCUUCAAGACUCAGCGCCCCACCCGUGAACUAGAUGUGGAGUCAAACGGAGAAGCGGCUGGUGAUUCGGAGUCUCAGCCGGGUGUGUCUGCCCCAGACGGAUGCACUGGACAAGAGCCGGGCGUGCAGUCCCAUUCUGAGGGAAAUGCUAGGCGAGAACCAACACCAAAGGAUGAGGCACCCCCGCCCACGAUCUCUCUGCUGCCGCCUCCCUACACCAAGACACAUGCCCACCUGCGGCCACGAAGGGUGCAGACGGUCUCCUUUGCUGAAAAGGUUGUCACGACGGAGCCCCUCCUACACCACUAUACCAACGUAGAGAAGGGCAAAGAGGCAGAAGAGCCGCAGAAGCAACCGCCGAGGGAAGAGCAUCGGACCCCUGCCCCUCCUCAGCAAGGCCCGGUGGCGGCCGAGGAGACCUGGCGAGGCUUUGACGAUCCCGAAACGGAAGAACGGAAGCCCCAUACCGCUGCGUACACGAGACGGACAAACUCUGCGGCCGAUGUCCCCUCAUUGCAACAGCGGCUCCACCCUCGGCCUCUCUCAGCCACCAACGGCCGAGCCACUCCUGCCAUCUGGCCACUUUGCAUAAGCCAGCCUCUGCACAGGGAUGGAUCCGGGGCUGAGUCGCUAUAUGCGGCAACGCAGAUCCGUGUGCAGCAUCCGUGGGGUCCAAAGGUGUCGAGGCCAGCCAGGUCGGUGUCACGCGAGCGGAGGAGGGGGUCGUUCCAUGGGAGGGGGAGGAGCAGGCUACAGCGACUUGCACAGAGGAGGUGAGACACGCACCUUGCUCAUCCGUGCCUUCGUGCGUGUGUGCUCUCUGCUGGCGUGUGUCUACAGGAACGAGCUGAUGUUGCGAUGCUCGCAAGCACAGAACAGGGUGAGCCCCAUCCGUCUAUCAUCCAUGCGGCCACACAUAAUCGAUCCAUCUGCCGUUUAGCAGGUGCAGGAGUCAGCGGCAGAGAGCGCGACAGAGUCUGUCUCGAGGCCCAACGAGGAUGCAGUCGUCACAUCAUCAGACGAACACCACAAUCCCCCUCGCAAGGAUCAUGUCUCACCCCUUCCUGCCCAAGAGCCGCCGGACAAGAGGGAGGAGGACCCUGACGAUCCACUGGGGUGGGGCGGCGAAUUCGACCACUUCCUUGGCCCAUGCGGGCCCCGCGGCUUGAAGCAUCGCAUCACGCGUGACGACGGCAAGAGCAAAGCGACAGGAGGCGCCACCACCAGCAGCAGCAACAGCUACUUGAGCCAAACCAAGACUCUGAGCAGACAAGGAAAAAGAGCGGCGGGUGGUGUCGCUGCGAGGAAGAUGUCGCUGCUGCGCCGCAAGUUCUGACGGCUGUUUGUGGUGCUUAUGCGUGUGUUCGUGUGAACGCAUGGGACGCUCAUUCCCGUAGCAGCGAUGUGAAGGGACCCAAUUUCGUGACGAUUGAUCAUCCUCCCUUCACAUUGACCCUCAGUGGCAUGUCUCUGGCCGUCAUGUCCAAUACAAUUGAUAGCAC